CGGCAAAAGUGGUACACUCCCAAGCUCAAACAUUUUUGCAAAUAGGGGGAUCUGGUCAGUCUGGAAUAAUCCAUUGACAUGUCAAACUUGAACUACAAUAAUUAACAAUUUAUUUUACAUAGGACACAUGCUAAAUUCUUGAAAGAUUAUAUAGACAUGACAACCAGAAUAGAAAAUUAUUCCAAAAUGGUGGAAAGUCAAAGAAAUUGCAGGGGUGUAGCAUACGGAGUUGCAGUAAAUCAUUUCAACCCCUGGUUGUUUCUGAUAGUGCACAUUGAAAAUGGGAGAUUCAGGAUCAAACAAUCCAUCGUCAUGGCAGCGCUCGCGCCCAGAUCAUACCGUUUAUCAAACUGCAAGAGAAGACGAACCAAGCUCUUCAAUAACUUCCUCAUCCUCGGCAUCAUUUGUACCACCUGCCUAUAGAGGGCAGCCAGUGUUCCAGAAUUCCAACCGUUACGUUACAAAUAAUUACGAUGUUCAGGGUGCUUCGGUUAGCAGUCAGAUGUACCAGGCAGCUGAGUCUUCGUAUCAGUCCGGUCAACAGGAAACACCCCGACAGUAUAUGGAAAUGGUAGGGUCUGGUAACGAGGCUCAGGUUCAGAUGGCUAAUUACAGCAACAUGGAUAAUGAUAAUGAUGCUUAUGGGAGUGCCCAGCCAGUGGCCAGUAGCUCAGUCUGUGAUCAAACAGGAUAUCCUGUACAUCAGCUGAUAGUAGAUGCACAGAAUAGAAUUGUUGCAGUACAAAGAGUGAUCUCCCCUGACGUUGACAGUACAGUCAGCCAAUCAGUAAACAGUAUGCAGUUACCACAGCGACAAGUUGCAGAACCUGGGAAUUCAGAUCAAAGAUCUCUACUGAUACAACCAAGUACAAGCAGCAGGUCUUUACUAAACAUGCACCAGUCACAGACUCAAUCUGAAGUAUCAACAUCAGCCGAAUCCUCAGCCCAGGUCAACAGAGGGAGAAGAAGCUAUGAUGGGAUGGAGUCAGCUGUUAGCUCUAUAACAGGAUCAACCUCCAACGAAGCAGAGGUCACACAUAGAUUAUCACUGAAGAAUCGAAGUUCAAUAGAUGAUAUAGUAUCAGGGGAACCAGACACGACACAGACAGAUGAGGAGGAAUACCGGGCUGCAGACAAGAACUAUGUAGACGACAGUUCAAGUAUAGACAACAGGGAUAAUUUAAACAGCAGCAUGCUUCCUGUAGAGAGUAAUUCACAUCCUUCCAGCAGUAACAAUGUUGUAGAUUCUACACAGAUGAUGUCAAUGAGGCUUCCAGUUUCAAGUUCUGUUUCAUCAGUAUCAAACUUGUCUACCAAUUUCAUGCCAGUUAAUGUUGGCAAUGGUUAUCCAGAAAAUCUGCAAGCCGGGCCCCAUGCACAGCUGGCAGCCAAUGAUAUUUCUCUGUCUCAAUUCACAACCAAUCAGCUUGCAGCAUCAGCAUCACAGCUGGUUUCCAGCAUGGAAUCUCAACUGAACCAGACUAAUUAUAUCCUAGAUACAUCAAGCGAAGAUACAAGUACAAAGAUGGGACCACCAGAUUUGAAUGCACAGCUUUCUAACUAUCUAAAUGCACGAGGAAUUGGUAUGGACAAUACUGCACAAGGAUAUGUUCUUGACAGUACAGAAUUAGAGGAACCGCAGCCUGGCACAUCAUCUGGAAUCUCCAAUAAUCGGAGAAAAUCAAGUCGCAUUGCUUGUCUUGAUAAUGAAACUACACCAUGGAAGAAGCCUCAGUAUGAAUCUAGACCUUACAAUCCAAGGGAGCUUUGGUGCGAAGAGUGUAUGCGGGGUUAUGAUGUGGAAUGUACACAGCAUAGACUGAUUCCUAUUCAGGAUAAGGUUGUGUUCUCACGAGCUUGGGCCAGUCUACCACAGUCGUUACAGAUCUUUAGGAUAGAAGAUGAUAAUAAUGAACUUGGUAUAUUUAAUAAACGACCAAUUGUAAAGCUUACACAGUUUGGUCCCUUCGUAGCAGAAUUGGUGGACUCGGAGGAUAAAGUUACAAAUAGAAAAUUCCCUCUCAUGGUUGAACGUGACGGCGUGACCAUGCACUAUGAGACAUCUGAUGAAAAUGCUUGUAACUGGAUGAUGUUUGUCCGUCCAGCACAGAACUUCAGUGAACAAAAUAUGGUGGCAUAUCAACAUGGAAAUGAAAUAUAUUUCACAGUAUCAAAGGAUAUAAAUGAACCAAAAACAGAACUAAAGGUUUGGUAUGCUGCUCACUAUGCUGAAAGAUGGAAUAAGCCAAUCCAUGAAGCCACAGAACAAGAUUUACACGCUAUGGAACAGCUGUUGUGCAAGUUUCAGUGUUAUGAGUGCCCUAAACGAUUCAAGUCGGCAUCAGGUUUACAGAAACACUUGAUUACACACGAUUCUGAUCCAUUAAAGAACAACAUAAGUGAGGAGCCGAGCUCCAGCCAGCUGGAAUCCCCACCACGCCAGAGGAAGCGCAAAGCAUUUGCAACACAGGCAGGCAUCAGGAAAAAACUCCUGGCAGCUAAGAAAAACAAAGAAUCUGGUUCAUCAGAGAAUAGUGGGAGCUCUCCAGCACUGUUCCACUGGAAGAAACGCUCCACUAAUAUUUACCUGAACAAGUAUGAAAUAGAAUUAGAUUUAGAAUGUGCGCUAUGUCACUUGGCAUUUAGCAACGGCACCCUGCUAAAUUUACAUAUUCUUUCACAUAGUGAAGAAGAAGAGAUGGAAGACAGUGGGUUUGCUUCACAGUUUGAAAAUGGCGGACUUCAGACAGGAACAUCUUCUCAGGUCCAACAGAUUGGCUGUCCUGGAUGUUCCCGCCAGUUUUUAAGCAAGAGGGAUUUGAUAAACCACGUAGGUGAACACGGAGCUCCGAAGUCGUCCAACAACUACAGUCUGGAUUAUCAUUCAGAUAUCAUGGGUUCAGGUCCUAGUCGUAAACACAGAUGUGGAGUUUGUUUUAAAUCUUUUACAACCAUUGAUCGACUGGCGAAACAUCAUCAGUGUCAUGGGGACGAUGUAGAGAAGCCAUUCCAGUGUACCGUCUGCUUCAAGCGAUUCAUGAAUAAUUCAGCCAUGUCAUGUCACAUGAAGAUUCAUAGUACAGCUAAGUAUUAUCAGUGUCCUAUAUGUCAUAUAGGAUUUGAUCAGACGUCUGCAAUGAGAGAACACAGUCUUAUUCAUGCAAACGCAAAUGGUUCUUUCAAUUGCCCUCACUGCGAUAAGAUUUUUAGUGAGUUCCUUGUUCUUAAGAAGCAUAUUAGAGGUUUCCAUACAAACAGAACGUAUCCUUGCACAAUCUGUGAGAAGGUUUUCCCAAGAGCAGACAAGCUGCGCUUACAUAUGCUGCGUCAUUCAACUAUUCGGGACUUCAUGUGCGAUACAUGUGGCCGCCAGUUCAAACGAAAAGAUAAGCUUAAAGAACAUAUCAAAAGAAUGCAUUCUGCAGACAGGGAAGAGAAGGAUCGCAUUAAAGCAUUAAAACCAAAGACAAAUAAAUUCAUUCCAAAGGUUUCACCAACCGAGUAUCACAGAUUUAUCUACAAAUGCCACCUUUGUUUACUCGGAUUCAAGCGGAGAGGGAUGUUGGUGAAUCAUAUUGCCAAAAGACAUCCGGACUUGAAACCAGAAUCAGUUCCGGAGCUUAAUUUGCCCAUUUUAAAGACACAGCGCGACUAUUACUGCCAGUAUUGUGAUAAAGUAUACAAAUCAAGCUCUAAACGUAAAGCGCACAUUCUUAAAAAUCAUCCUGGCUCAGAUUUGCCACAAAGUGCUCGGAAGAAGUCAAAUAUCGAUGAAAUACCAGGCGUGCCGAACCCAACAUACUCGCAGACAGUAGGCAGCAUCACUACAAUGCCCCACCAAUGUGAACACUGUCAUAAACAGUAUGCUAGUAAAGCAAAACUUCUACAGCAUCAGCGAAAACAUCAUCCCGAAUUGGUGCCAUUAUAUACUGAUAGACUGAAGAGGGAAGCUUUACAUCAUUUACAACAAAAUGUUGCCCAGCAGGCUAAUGAAACAGCCACUUAUGUUGUUGAAAAAUGUGAGGAUAUACAAGACUCUCAAGCCGCUGAUUUACUUACCCAAGCCAUGAGUGAGCUGACACAGUCUGUAGAGUUUAGGCAGAUAUCUGGAGGUUCGGGCGCAGAACAGGCCUACCUUGCUACUAGGCUAGCUCAAGGGACACCUACCAUGGUUCAAAUCCAGACUUCAGGUGGACAAGGCACACAGACUAUUGAGUUAACCCACCUGAGUCAGGCACUGCAACAUUUUGCACCACCACAGGGACAUCUUCCUAUACAGGUCCAGGUGUCAGCUGGUGUUGCUAGCCAGAUUUCACUCCCCCUUACAAGCCAGGCAGGCUCUGCUAGCUCAGGAACCCACAUACUUACUGUUGAUCCUGGUCAGACAUCCGAGGAGGCUUCAACACAGAGUACCACCCAGGCACAGCAGGCGCUCAACUUCCCACCCAUAAGCAUUGUGUCAGGAGCUUAUAUACCAAAAUCAUGGACAUACCCUUAUAAAUCACAUUAAACUAAAGGCAGAAAAUAGAGGCGUUGGGACAUAUCCCUAUAAAUCUCAUUAAACUAAAGGCAGAAAAUAGAGGCGUUGGGACAUAUCCCCUGUAAAUCACAUUAAACUAAAGGCAGAAAAUAGAGGCGUUGAGACAUAUCCCUAUAAAUCACAUUAAAAUGACAACUGAGAAUAGAGAUACAGGGAUAUACACUUAUAAAUUGUAUUACAGUAAUAGCAGAGAAUAUAGAUAUGUAGGACUUGCCAUAAUAAAUCACAUAAGAAUGACAUCGGAGAAUAUAGAUGUAGGGACAUAGUCUCGUAAAUUGCAUUAAAAUAACAGCAGAAAAUAGAGGUGCUGGGACUGCACAUUAGAAUUAUGGCAGAGAAUAGAGACAUAGGGUCAUAUCAUUAUAAAACACAUUUAAGAAAAACGGCACAGGAAAAAGACACAGAACUGGAAUAUCAGAAGCUUGAUAUCUUUAAUUAAAUGAAUUGAUGUCGAUGUACGAAACCAUGAAUUGAAAUUCAAUUAUAUGACACUAGAUGAAGUCCACUUUCUAAUGUACAUGUUGAUAUUUUAUGUCUUCGUUCUAAGAAGACCUGCUUAAAGGUUGUGAAGUGACUUAAACGAUCUACAACUGGUUUGAAAUAGUUUACUUGUGGAAGGAUUGACUGCUAAUUUUGUGUAUAGUUUAUAAAUUUAAGCUAGACUAGAUGGUUCAUUUUCACAGUGCAUCAUAAGGUCAUUCCUCUUCAACCUCUUGUUCAUGUUAGAGAAGCUGUAACUUACUUGUGGGGGACAUGUCAGUAUUGUUAAGGAACCUUUGGAACACUAAAAGUAACUGACAGUCUUACAUAAUCAAGUUAGGUUUCUCAAAUGGCGUAAAUGCAGUUAACAAAUGUAGCACUCUAGAGACUGAUUCCAUGAAUUAAAAUUUCUGUCAGCGGUUUAGAGGUAUGUUUGAAAAUUUGUAUUUGAUUAAUUAGUAUGUAAAGGUUUUCAAUUGUUGGCAUAAAAGAUUUAAAUGUACUUCACUUGGUGCUAGAGAUAGCUUAGUUGUCACAGUGAGUUGAGUACUACAUUAUACUAUCAGGCUCUAUAAAGCUGAAUUUGGGUUCAAGUCUCAGUAUUCAAAUGUCUUUGUUUAAGGUUAUAAAAUGGAGUAUAGAGACCAGUCUAAAGAUUCAAGCAGCUGAUUAGUUGAUUCUGAGCCCAGUCUUGAAAUUGACCAAUGGCAAGGCUGUAUUUGUACCCCCCGACAACAAAGUUGUAAGGGGGGGUAUACUGGUUUCAGGUUGUCUGUCUGUCUGGCCGUCUGUCCGUAGACGCAAUCUUGUGCGCACCAUCUCUCCUUAUCCCCUUGACAGAAUUUAAUGAAGCUUCACACAAGUGAUCAGUAUCAACAGUAGUUGUGCAUGGGGCAUGUUAGGUUCUUUUAGAAAAAAAAUUUGCAGAGUUAUGGGACUUUGUUUUUUUGUUAUUAUACUAUAUACAUAGACACAAUCUUGUGCACACCAUCUCUCCUCAUCCCCUUGACACAAUUUAAUGAAACUUCACACAAGUGAUCAGUACCAACAGUAGUUGUGCAUGGGGCAUGUUAGGUUCUUUUAGAAAAAAAUUUGCAGAGUUAUUGGACUUUGUUUUUUUUGUUACUAUACUAUAUACAUAGACACAAUCUUGUGCACACCAUCUCUCCUCAUCCCCUUGACACAAUUUAAUGAAACUUCACACAAGUGAUCAGUACCAACAGUAGUUGUGCAUGGGGCAUGUAAGGUUCUUUUAGAAAAAAAAAAUGCAGAGUUAUGGGACUUUGUUUUUUUGUUACUAUACUAUAUACAUAGACAUAAUAAUCUU